AUGCGGUACGCGGACGAGGCGACGGCGGAGACGGAGGUGGCCAAACCGCCGGACCUGUCCGCCGCUCUGAGGGACAUCCGGGGCCAGUACGAGAAGGUGGCGCGGGAGAACCUGCAGUCGGCCGAGGAGUGGUUCUGCGACAAGAUGGCGGCGGUCGGCGUCGGCGUUCCUCCUCGCGGCAAGGAGAGCGCCAAAGACGAGGCCGGCGAAUGCCGCCGACUCCUCAGCUCCAGGAGCGCGGAGAUCGACGCCUGCCGGGAGAUGAACCAAGCUCUGGAGUCGCAGCUGCAGGACGUGGAGGAGAGGCAGAGCGCCGAGAUCGCCGCCCUGCAGGACACCAUCAACCAGUUGGAGAACGAGCUGACGGCCAACAAGGACGACAUGGCGCGCUACCUGAGGGACUACCAGGACCUCCUGAACGUCAAGAUGGCCUUGGAUAUCGAGAUCGCCGCCUACAGGUCG